AUGAUAUCUUCGUCAUCUUACUGUUCAGGUGAAGAUGGGCUAGACACAGAUGUACCUACUGAAUUAGAGGCUCAGCUGUUCACAACACCGGCGAGGAAAUUCGUCUGGUUGGUAUUCCAGCCGUUAUUUUAUGCGUUUCGUCCCUUGAUCAUCUAUAAGAAAGCACCCACUGAUCUAGAGAUUAUUAAUGCCAUAAUCCAGGUGAACUGA